AUGUCGUCUGAAAAUCUACCAAGAUGUAAAUUCGAAGACACUCCCUGUUUUGAAUCUGCAGUAGCACAAUCUGUUAGAAUAUUAAAAGAUGGCAACAGAAAAAUAAAUUUAAUCCCUCUGGAACCACUUCAUAUAACCGCCAUCAAUAUAGACACAGGAUCAGGAAACUUCAGAUUGAAAUUGGACAUGAGAGAGUGCGAUAUUAGUGGAUUUACUGGCGUACAAAACCUUAAAAUAUCAGCGAAAUCAGACAGUAAGUUGCAUUGGGCUGUCACUGGAAAUAUUCCUAAAGUUGAUAUUAGUGGCAAAUACAAGGCUGAUGGUCAAGUUUUAGUUUUGCCAGUGCAAGGGGAAGGAGAUGCCAGGAUUACCUUAUAUGAUGUAGAUAUUUUGCUGACUAUCAAAGAAGAAGACAAGCGUACUGAAAGGAAAGGCAAAUCUUAUAUGAAAUUAGACCAAUUUGGUGUAAAAUUCGAACCAAAACGGGUAUCAAUGCACUUCGACAACCUCUUCAACGGUGACAAAGUCUUGGGUGACAAUUUAAAUAUGUUCAUCAAUGAAAAUUGGCCAGAGCUCUUUAAGGAAAUCAGACCGGCCCUAGAAGAGUCUUUGGCCCAAAUUUUCUUGGAAAUCACGAAUCGUGUCUUCAACAAAGUACCAGCUGAUGAAGUCUAUUUGUCUGAAAAUCUACCAAGAUGUAAAUUUGAGGACACUCCUUGUUUUGAAAACGCAGUCGAACAAUCUGUUAGAAUAUUAAAAGAUGGCAACAGAAAAAUAAAUUUAAUCCCUCUGGAACCACUUCAUGUAAACGCCAUCAACAUAGACACAGGAGCAGGAAAUUUCAGAUUGCAAUUGGACUUGAAGGACUGCGAUAUUAGUGGAUUUACCGGCGUACAAAACCUUAGAAUAACAGCGAAAUCAGAUAAUAGGUUGCAUUGGGAAGUGACAGGACAUGUUCCCAAAAUUGAAGUUAAAGGCAAAUACAAGGCUGAUGGACGAGUUUUAGUUUUGCCUGUGCAAGGGGAAGGAGAUGCUCUCAUUACUUUAUAUGAUUUAGAUAUAUUCCUGAUCAUCAAAGAAGAAGACAAGCGUACUGAAAGGAAAGGCAAAGCUUAUAUGCACUUAGACACAUUUGAUGUAAAAUUCACACCAAAACGUGUAACUAUGAACUUCGAAAAUCUCUUCAACGGUGACAAGGUUCUAGGUGACAAUUUAAAUAUGUUCAUCAAUGAAAAUUGGCCAGAGGUCUUCAAAGAAGUGCAACCAGCCUUAGAAGAGUCUUUGGCCCAAAUUUUCUUGGAAAUCACGAAUCGUGUCUUCGACAAAGUACCAGCUGAAGAAAUCUAUUUGUAAAUUAAGAAAUUCUAAAGUAACGUAGAUAAACAGAAAAUUUUCAAUGAAUAUUUUGUGAAAAUGAGAAGAUAGUUGUUAAUGUUCGGAGA